GGCGUGGAGCGCUGCGUUUCAGUAAAGUGGUGAUCGCAGAGCCGGCUCAACCAGAGCUGUUCUCCCUACAAUGGUGCUCAAGAUUGCUUCACUCGUCCUACUCUGCGGUUGCAUAGCCGCUGCCAAGGAAGCUGACACUCAGCAUAAGAGGCAAACGUACUACCAAGGAACACCACAGGCGAGUCGCUACCUGUCCGGCGAUGCCUAUCAGCAGCACCAACAACGGUUGAGCGCCUCCCUGACACAGGAGCAGGACGAGGCUGUGCAAGCCCAACUUGAGGCUGAGUUGCGUCGUGAUGCCCUCACCAAUGCAAAGAGUGCUGCCGAAAGUUUCAAAGAGUCUUACAGACAGAGCCGCGUCCAGCAGCAGCAGCCUCAGUUUUACCAGCAGCAGCAACAAAGGGCGGCCUAUGCCCCAACCCCCGCCUCCCCCCAACAUGUCCAGCAGCAGCACCCGCUGGUGUACGAGCAGCAGGAACAGCAACCUGCCCAACAGCAAAGGGUAGCCUACGCUCCCACCCCUGCUGCCCCCCAACAGCAGGACUACCAAUCCAUCAGGGCCCUGUACCAAAAUCCUCAGGCCGUCCAAAGAAUCCAAGCCCCCACAUCGCAGGCCUCCCUUCAGGCCUAUCAGGCGCACGCCCAGCUGGCCGAAGAGGCGGCUAAGGCCUUCCAGGAAGCCCUCCAGCAGCAGAGCGGCCGCCAGCAGAAGAGACCGCGAAUCCAAAGCCCGCAGUACAUUCUGGAGCAGCAACAUUCCUUUGUUGUUCCGCAAAGUCCUCCUCAGCAGACCGCAGAACAAUACAACUUGGCCGCCGUCCAGCAGGCGUAUCAGCAGAUCGAGCAGCAGCAGCGCAAGGCCACCGACGAAAUUCACGCCCAGGAGGCCAGACCAACUGUCCAGGCCGCCCCUCAGGAGUACACCGAGGAACCCACCUUUGGCUACAACGUUGGUGACGGUCCUGCUGACUACGAACCGGCCCGCCAGAGAGGCCAAACCAAGUACCAGCAGAAGAACCAGCAGGACGCUGUCGAGAUCAAGCAGUCUCGCCGGCCUAGCCCUGUCCGGAACCGUCCGGUCGUCAGCCAGACCUAUCAGGCCGAAGCUCCCAGAGCUCCUGCUUACCAGACUGAAUAUGUCCAACCUACCAAAGCUGCCCCGGCACCUGUUCCGGCCUACCAGCCUGUGCAAUACGAGGCCCCUAAGACUGAAGAGCAAGUCCCUUAUGAAAUAGUCCAGAACUUCCAGCCACAAACCACUCAAGAGUCCAUCAUUCCCACUUACCAGCCUGUCCAGGAAAUUCAUAGGGCCCCAGUUAGACAGCCUGCCCAAAUCCCCACAGCCGUUCCUAUUCCUGCCCAGCCAACUUUCCUGCCAACCCCUACUCCUCCUGUCGUCCGAAUCGCUCCUCCGGCUAGGGUGGCCCCCACUCGCAUUUCCGCCCCCACCCCUGCCCCGAUCCAGUCUCAAGCUCCAGCUAGGGCUGCACCUGCAGCUCCUGUCCGAAUUCCGGCAGCCCCAGUUCAACUUCAGUCCACGCCUGUUCAAAUCCCAGCAACCCCUGUCCAGUACGCCGCUCCCGCCAGAGUUGCUGCCCCCGCCAGAAUUGCCGCCCCCUCUCCCUCAGAAGAUGUUGACGGAAAGUUGGUCAAUCUUGAUUUGGACCUUUUGCGCUCAUUGUACCAAGCGGCCGAAACUCUGGCCCAGAAGCAGAAGGACGAAGUUGGUCCUAUUUCGGAAAACGACCUGAUUAAGGCUUUGCUUGAGCAGGGCAAGCGUGAGCAGCAGGUUGCAGAGCAGCUGAAGAAGGCUGCCAAGGCGGAGCCGGAGCAACCCAAAGUGGAGGUGGUGAGAAUCCCUAAAGCUCAAGAUCAACGGCCAAUCACCCAGGAAGAGCUCCAGGCGCUGAUCGCUGCCGGCUACGACAUCACUCCCCUCGAGGAGGAACCGACUCCUAAGAACGCUGACCCCAUCAAACAACAGUACCUGAGACAAGCGGAAUUCCUCGAGAGACAAGCUAUUUACAGGUCUCAAAAACAAAAUUCAAGAAGAGCGCGUGACGACAAAGCUGUGCAGGAUGAGGUUGCCACUGAUUAGAAGUCCAGACAGAUCCUAACUAAUUUAAGGUUUUAUUGUGUUGCAUUUGAUGAGAAAAAGUGAUUUCCUUGUAAAUAAAAUCAAAUUUUAUUUUGCCAUAGCACAUAUAAUUGAUGACACUUUUCAUACUUUUAAUAUUGCUAAUAUAUGUACUGUAUAUAUAAAAAAAAAAUGAAAGAAAGAAGUGCAACCAUAAUAAAAUUGUUUUUUCUGAGUUUCUUAAAUUCUUGAUAGUUGUUGUGAAAUGAAAGUGAAAAUGAAAAUUUAUAAAAAUAACUAGAGUUUCAUUAUUUAAUAAAAGCCACAAAAAAUCUCCAUAAUUGUCAUGGGCCUGGUGGAGGUUAAAAAAAAAUAGACACUGUUGCAGCGAUCAUUAUUUCAAUUAAAUAUGCAAAGUUCACCGCUCCCGGUGACCUCUGAUGGGCCACCUCCAGUUACAGGGUUGAACAGGAGGACCCUCGGCUCGGCUCGGCGCACCUGUCCUCUGCUAAUUGAGUCGCCUCUUUCCUCCAUGAAAAAAGCCUUCUCCCCGGCCCCCUUUCUCUAUCAAAAAUCAUUAAUAUUAAACUUCAUGUUUUUAUAAAACAAAAUGCUUGGCUC